AUGGCAUCAACGAUCUACAUCUACACUGGAAAGGCAGAAGGCGGUGAUGAUUCUAAGAUUGAUGUUCCAACGGACAUUCGAAAAGCCAUUGUGGAAUCUCGUGUUGACACAAUUACUUCGAAAUCCUUCAAAAAUUGCAGGUUGUUGAUGUCAGUGAGUCUUCCCUUGGGAUUAAAGGUGAUCGGAGAAAGCGCCUUUGAAAAAUGCACCUCCCUCAAGACGAUUGGCAUUCCAUCAUCUGUCAAUGUCAUCCAUUACGGCGCCUUUCGGCAAUGUACGGGGCUGCAAACCAUGGAUCUGCCCGAAGGCUUGACAGAGAUUGCCGCGGAGACCUUUCAACACUGCGAGUCCUUACGGCAUGUACAUAUAUCAUCGACAGUACUGGAGAUUGGACGCAAUGCCUUUUGGGGAUGCCGGCAACUACCGCAUGUGGAUUUGCCACAUGGCCUUCGUCGGAUUGGUCCGGGUGUCUUUACGACGUGUCGCAGUCUCACAAGGAUUCUCAUUCCUGCCACUGUGGUAGCGAUUGGUUCCAUGGCCUUUUCGGGAUGCGUCGUUAUGCGUUCGGUGGAGAUAUCCCUCGGAGAAGAUUGCAGCACGAAUGUUGGACUUCAAUCCAUUGAGUCCUAUGCCUUCAACAUUUGCUCGAACCUGAUCAAUAUUGCAAUUCCCAAGAACUGUAACGUGGCAUCCAAGGCUUUCCGGGGAUGCCAACACAGUGUAUUUGAUUUAGAUGACAAUGAUCUACGCGAGCGGCUGAAGUCUAGAUUUGACAACUUGCCACACCACAAGGUAUGCUAUCAACAGGGUCAUGCUGACGAAAAGCCAAUCGAGUUUGCAUCAUUUUCUGAGGAUGACGAAAGAGGGAGUGACAGGACCAAGGACAUGUUUGGUUUAACUCCAUUUCAUAUAUUGGCACUAUCUUCAAGGCCCAGUGUUGUUACCCUGCAAAAACUAAUGGAGGAAGCCACGUCCGUGUCGACGGAUGGUAUUCUUAGGCUUGACAAGUCUCGGGCAACUCCACUUCGGUAUGCAAUCGAAAACUAUGCACCGGAGGCUUUAGCAUUCAUAAGAGCUAUAUUGCAUGCUAUGAUUGAAAAGCGAACAAAUGGCUUGAGUUCAAAAUUAUGGAAGUCAGUUAUACUUCAAGAGAUUGAAUCGUUUGGAGGGAGAGAUACAGCAGAACGAACACAGAAUGUUCAUAAACUGUUUGCCUUGCUCAGACUAUAUGAACGAAAGGAAUCCAUCUCACUCCUGGAACAGGCACUAUGGAAAUGUAGGAUGGAGGCAGACGGAGAUCAAGAAAGCCAGGAAAGAGCAGCAAAGCGGGCCAAGCUCUCGGACGAUGAUGAUAGUCGUCAGGGUUCUUACUUGCACUCUGGCGCGGGAACAGUGAUUCUAAAUGUCUCGCCAUAUCUUGGAAGCAUAGUUAGAACUCUAAACUUUUAG